UUGUCUUUUUUUCAUAUCUAUCUAUCUAUCUAUCUAUCUAUAUCUAUCUAUCUAUCUCCUUUUAUUUUCCAAUCUAUCUCAAUCCUUUUCAUGUAUCUAUCGUUAUAUCUAGUCUGUCUAUCUCAAUUCGAAAAAUCUUUCUUUCUAUCUAUCUAUCUCUAUCUAUUUUUUCAUUUUCCAAUCUAUCUAUCUCUUUUUCUCUAUCUAUCUAUCUAUCAAUCUCCUUUUCAUUUUCCAAUCUAUCUCAAUAAAGCCUUUUGUAUCUAUCGUUAUCUAUCUGUUAUAUCUUUUUUUCUAUCUAUCUAUCUAUCUAUCUAUCUAUCUAUCUUUUCAUCUUUUCAUCAAUCUAUCUGUCUAUCGAUCAAUCUAUUUGCGUCUUUUUCAUAUCUAUCUAUCUAUCUAUCUAUCUAUCUAUCUCCCUUUUCAUUUUCCAAUCUAGCUAGCUCAAUCCUUUUUCAUGUAUCUAUCGUUAUAUCUGACUCUCUCUCAGUCUGUCUAUCGAUCAAUCUAUUUGCGUCUUUUUCAUAUCUAUCUAUCUAUCUAUCUAUCUAUCUAUCUAUCUAUCUAUCUAUCUCCUUUUCAUUUUCCAAUCUAGCUAGCUCAAUCCUUUUCAUGUAUCUAUCGUUAUAUCUGACUCUCUCUCAGUCUGUCUAUCGAUCAAUCUAUUUAUCUUUUUCAUAUCUAUCUAUCUAUCUAUAUCUAUCUAUCUAUCUAUCUAUCUAUCUCCUUUUCAUUUUCCAAUCUAUCUAG